AUGGUGUAUGAAGUGGAUACUCUGAAGUGCCUUGGAAAUGAUCCCCUCUUUGUCCCACAUCAGUGGUACCAGCCAGGGGACUUCCUCAUUGGUGAGAUUACUUCUCAGUUCUGUUUCCAGCUUCACAGGGUUGAUUUGAACGAGAAGCCUUCACGGGACUUAUCUAAUGCUCCAGAAAUGGUGACCAAGUUCUAUCAGCAUGCCCUGGCCUUGGCAUUUGCUGUAAAAGAGAUCAAUGAAAAUCCCCUCCUUUUGCCCAAUGCUACGCUCGGAUUCCACAUCUACGACAGCUACCAAAAUGCAAAGAUGACGUAUCACAACACCAUGGACCUGCUCUUCAAAUCACAUGUAUCUAUCCCUAAUUACAAAUGUGAUACCCAGAAAAGCCUCAUAUCUGUCAUCGGUGGGUUUAAUGGAGAUACCUCUUUCCAUAUGGCAGACAUCUUAACUGUCUACAAGAUUCCACAGCUCACAUAUGGCACAUUUGCCCCUGAGGAGAGGGAUGAAACAGAGUUCCCUUCCUUUUUCCGCGUGUCCCCAAAUGAAGGCCAUCAGUAUACGGGGCUCAUCCGAUUGCUUCUCCAUUUCCAAUGGAUAUGGGUUGGGCUCCUUGCCAUGGAUAAUGACAGUGGAGAUCUUUUCUUGAAGACCCUGGAGCCUUUGCUUUCCAAGCAUGGAAUCUGUUUGGCGUCCACAGGAAGAAUCCAAAACCAAUCGAAAUGGGAUUAUUUACCUGACCUUUUUGAUUUAACCACGAGUAUAUAUAAACCUUUGACAGACAGCCAUGUCAAUACUAUUAUUCUCUAUGGUGAAGCCAUGACCCUGGUAACAAUGAACACUUUGAUGUUUCUAGGACUUGCGGAACAUAAAGAAGAUGUAUCAUUGAGAAAAGUGUGGAUUAUGACGGGCCAGAUUGAUUUCACGUUAUCAGGCUUCCAAAGUUUUAUGAAUUGUGAUUUGUUUCAAGGUGCCCUUUCCUUCACAAUUCACUCUCAGGAGGUUCUUGGGUUCCAGAAAUUUCUCCACAUUAUUAAACCUCACUGGACAAAGGGAGAUGGUUUUCUCAAGGAUUUCUGGGGGCAAGCAUUCAAUUGUUUAUUUCCAAAUUUCCAGGAGCCAAUCGAAGCCAAUGGGACAUGCACAGGGGAUGAGAGAUUGGAGAGUCUUCCUGGAUCAUUUUUUGAAAUGUGCAUGACCGGCCACAGUUACAGUAUCUACAAUGCUGCUUAUGCUGUGGCACAUGCUUUGCAUGCCAUGUAUUUAACUAGAGGCAGAGCAAUUGUGGGUGGAAGAAGGAUAAGAUUUCAUGAUCUCCAACCUUGGCAGCUCCACCCAUUUCUUCAAGGCAUUUCCUUUAACAAUGCAGCUGGAGAAACAGUUUCUUUUAAUAAGAAUAAGGAAAUGGGAGCUGGAUUUGAUAUAACACACCUGAUCACAUUCCCAAACAAGUCUUUCCAAAAAGUGAAAGUUGGAAGGGUCGAUCCCAAUGCUCUUGAAGGAAAACAAUUUGUCAUCCAGGAGGAUAUGAUUGACUGGCAAAGAACUUUCAACCAGGUAUUGCCCUUGUCAUUGUGCAACGAUCCUUGCCUCCCAGGUUAUCACAAGGAGAGGAAGGAAGGACAACAGUUUUGUUGCUAUAAUUGCAUUCUCUGCCCAGAAGGAAAAUUUUCAAACAUUAAGGAUAUGGUUGACUGCAUCAGGUGUCCAGAAGAUCAAUAUCCAAGCAAGGACCGAGAUCAGUGCAUGGACAAAAUCAUAACUUUCCUAUCUUUUGAAGAACCAUUGGGGAUCACUUCAGCAUUUCUAGCUGUGUCUUUGUCCCUGACUACAGCUUUGAUGUUAGGAACUUUCAUUAAGCAGAGAGACACCCCCAUAGUCAAAGCCAACAACCGGGAUAUCACUUACACUCUCCUCGUCUCCCUCCUUCUCUGCUUCCUCUGUCCUUUGUUAUUUCUUGGAAAACCAAAGAAGGUGACCUGCUUCUUCCGCCAAGCUGCUUUCGGCACCAUCUUCACAGUUGCGAUUUCUUCCAUCUUGGCCAAAACCAUCACUGUGGUUGUAGCUUUCAUGGCCACUAACCCGGGGUCCAGUGUGAGAAAAUGGGUGGGGAAAGGACUGACCAACUCUGUCCUUCUUUUUUGUUCCUUCAUUCAAGCAAGUCUAUGUAUGGCAUGGCUAGGAACCUCACCCCCUUUCCCAGAUUUUGAUCGAAAGUCACUGACUACAGAGAUUGUGGCACAAUGUAAUGAAGGGUCUGUGAUUAUGUUUUAUAUUGCCUUGUGCUAUUUGGGACUUCUGUCUUUUAUCACCUUGAUUGUGGCUUUCCUAGCUAGGAAAUUGCCAGAUAGUUUCAAUGAAGCCAAGUUCAUCACCUUCAGCAUGCUGAUCUUCUGCAGUGUGUGGGUGUCUUUUGUUCCAACCUACUUGAGCACCAAAGGGAAAUCCAUGGUAGCUGUGGAGAUCUUUUCUAUCUUGGCAUCCAGUGCUGGCUUACUGGGUUGCAUCUUUAUUCCCAAAUGUUAUAUUAUUCUGCUAAGACCAGAGCUGAAUAAGAAGGAACUGCUAAUCAAUAGAAGGAAUUAA